AUAUAUUUUUUUGUUAUUUUUUUUUACCUAUCACCAUCUUAGUGGGCCAGAAUGAAGGCCCAUCGUGUAGAGGAACCAUAAUGCUCUUUUAUACCUGUUACACCAGUCACUGAAAGUGGGGUGGGUAUAUGUUAUAUAGGUCAUACUGAGCCACUUUUACUAUGAGACCAACCCCACAAUAGCGAUAAAAAAAAAUUACCCAUACAAGAUACCAACAUCAGCCAGCCAAAAUGUACGAGUAUGAGAGAUUUAAUUUUGUUGUUGUCCCGUUUGUCUGUAAUCAAAUCUUGCAAGUUAAAUUUGAUCCACUUUCCGGUUUCCGAUUGAGCUGAAAAUUUGCAUACAUAUGUAAGUCGGGUGACAAUGCAAUAUUAUGGUACCAUCGAGCUGAUCUGAUGAUGGAGACAGGAGGUGGCCAUAGGAACUCUGUGAUAAAACAACGCAACCUAAUUGUGUUUGUGGUUUUUAGAAUUGGCUCGAUGAGUAUUAGUUGCCUAUUGAAAGAAAAGUACAGUCAGCGAUAAAAACUUGUACCAAAAAUGAAUUUUUUGCCAAAAACUUAUUGUCUCGCGAUUUCGGGGUUGGUCCCAUAGUAAAAGUUGCUCAGUAUGACCUAUACAACGUGUACCCACUCCACUUUCAGUGGCUGGUGUAACACGUUGUAUACUUACACAUAUUAUUCAGAACUGCCCACAGUCAUAUGAUAUACCUAUAUAAUUGAUCGCGAAGUGCCAAAAGUGCCUGUCAUGGUCGACGGAUCCGAUCGCAUGGCAAUUCACACACUACACAAUAAACAUUUUAACCAGUAUUUUAACACAUGAUCGCCAAAGACGUCAACUGACUCGCUCUGCUAUAGCCUAAUGUCAACCUUCGUGCAUUCCGAUAAGGUUCACGAUGACGCGCCGCAUAUGAUAGGCGUGGCGUAUUUCUAUUUAAAGCUUUGUCUUAUAAUUUUAAGAAAUAAUAUCUACGUCCCCAUUUUGAAUCUUUUCAAACUUACACUCUCUCAUAAAGGGUUCUUUAUUUUUUGAAACCAAUGUGUGAAGUUGCAUUCUAUCAUCUAGUCUAGUUUAAAAAAUAAAUAGAACUAACAUGGACUAGACUUGUAAUGCUUUACAACUACUAUUUUCCUUUCACUAGUUAACGAAAGCAACAGUUCGCAACGCUCAAGAUUCCAUUUUGUGAAUAAGCACUUUGUACAUAGCUUGGGUACGGUGACAGCUGUCAUCGCAAUACAAUUUUACUUUUUAAGGUUGACGAGUAUCCAAGCUAUGUGGAAAUUUAUAAAUAGUUGACGAUCAUAAUAUAAAUUGAUAUAGAUUAGCUUAAAACAAUUUAUAUUGUAAUUUAAUAUUACGAAAGAAAUAAAUCUAAAUCUGUCAGUUGUGGCUUUAUUUUGUAGAUUUGUAGAGGAUAAGAAUAACGUGUUAGUGUUUAAAUACUGUCUAUAAUCAUUUCACUAUUGUUUGGUUUUCCAUAGCAAGCUUAACCUUGGCUAAGAUGAGUGUCGAACGAUGGCUUGAGAAAUGACUGUACUGUAUACAUAAUAAUACAAACUUAUCAUUGCGUCUGAGAGAGGCGCCAAGAGUUACCAAACAGUCAAUAUGAUCUAUGAGAUUGUGCUAGUUUUUAGGUUAGCCACCGGUAAUAUUAAGUUUGUUAAAAGUACUUGUAUGUCUUUUAGUUUCUUAUCAACGUUGUUGUGGUUCGGACGUUAAAAUAUUGGAGUAAAUGAGGAUCUAACCUCACAAAUAGUUUAUAUUGAAAUGAACUUUAUGAUUUACGUGUCAAGAUUGUUUUUAGAAGUGUUAUAGAGUGGCAGUGACCGGCAAAAUAGUUAGUGCAAAUUGGUAAAUAAAUUAUAGAUGUUUGUGUCAAUUUUAAAUGUCCAGGUAAAUUGUUAUUAAAAUAACUAAAGUUUUAUCAUGUGAAUGAUUUUAUUGUUAUUGUGAAGUGAUGGAGUUUCGUGUAUUUGGGAGUUUUGUUUAUAUUUCCUUAAUUAAUUAAAGUAGACAGUGUGUUUGUCAAUAAAAUGUGCACUAAAGGUGUGUUUUCUUCAUUAUUUUCGACAGACGUCGAACGAGGUAUCCCCGACAAGGAUGCAACGCAGCUUCGUCCCCUUCUGUCCCGCCGUCCCGGCCAGGGGAAUGCAAGUGGCCAAAACCCUAGUAGCCAGGGCAGUCACACCCAGACUAGCCAGGGCCGGAACACUGCUAGCCCGGGGCAGGGUAACCGGAAUACCCAGGGUAGCCAGGGUACCCAGAGCCCAAGACAAGGCAGUAACAGCCAGGAUAGCCCUGGCCACGGUCAGGACGUUGGAGUUAGAAAGAGAAUUUCGGUGGCUCCAGAGCGUCCUGCUCUCUCUGUAGUCAUCCCGCCGCCAGCCCCAGAAUCCCAAGCCAGCACCCCAACUCCAACCCCUCAGACGGAGACAGCCACUUCGUUCCAGAAGAAAUGGCGCCGCAGCGACCGCCGUCUGCGCAGACUUAACACGGAACUGCUGGAGGCUAUUGAAACUCAUGAUAUUGAAGAGGUGGAAAGGCUGCUUCAAAACGGCGCUAACCCCAACGCGACAUGUCGUCUCGGGAACGUGUCAGCCUGCCACAUGGCAGCUUUAUCAGGCGGCGAUGCAAUGGCGCUGCUUCUGCUACAUGGUGCCGAGAAACACCGCUUGGACAAACUGGGCCGAACGCCGCUGCACUUAGCUGCCUAUGCUGGGAACUCCAGGCAGGUCGCCAUCAUGCUAGACUUCCCUGAAGACAUGCAAGUUCGCGUGGAAAGCGACAUGUCCUCAGGCACGGAGGAAGACGUGAAGAAACUCGGCCAAGUCACAAAACAGUUGGUGAAUGUGCGCUGCGACCUGGAGGAGGUGCAUAUCCUGGUGCCCAAGAACUGGAAGGACAAUAUUGACCAUGAAUGCAAGGACAUCAGAGGAUCGCUCCCCCUCUUUCAACCAGGAUGGACGCCUCUCCACGUUGCGAGCUCGUGCGGGCGGCGUCACUGCACGCGCCUGCUGCUCGCCGCGGGCGCUGAUCCCAACAUUUGUGAUGUCAUGGGCCGCACGCCACUCGACGUUGCCGGCUCGGCAUUGUAUUUUGAUAAAGAGAUUAAGGAAGAGCACUUCGUCGACGUCCUAAAAAUGCUCCUGAAAGCAAAAGGCCAGUUCUACACGAUGCGCAGGGAGAAGGGGGUAACCAACGUAAACACCCCACUUCAUACGGCAGUCAUGUUGGAUAGCAAGGAAGCUAUAGAGCUACUGCUGGAGGCUGGGGCAGAAGUGUCUUGUCUCAACAGCUCCGGUCUCACCCCACUCCAUUUAUGCGUAAAGAAAGAGCAAGAAAUAGCUUUACAGGUAUUAGCCAACUACGACUAUAAGCACGCAGACCCUCUAUCUGCUGUAGUUGACGUGAAGGAUGGAGAAGGACAUACGGUGCUCCAAGCUGCUAUUGAAGCAGAGUGGGUGCCGGGAGUGUGCGUGGCAUUAGAGGCUGGAGCCGAUGUGACUCUCAGGGCCAAUGAUGGAGAGACUCCAAUCCAUUCAGCAGCAGCAAUCGGCAACAUCGAAGUCCUCAGCGAGAUCCUCAGCCUCGCCAAACAGAGCAAGUUCAUCGACUGCCAGAACGACGAAGGAGAGACUCCUCUAUUUAAAGCCAUCACCAAUGGGCACGUAGCCUGCGUCCGAGCGUUGCUCAAAGAUGGCGCUGCCAUUGACAAAACCCUACCAGGAGACAUUAAUGUUCUUCACGUCGCUGCAGACCACGGGCAUUUGGAAAUACUCAAAUGCCUUCUAGAAUAUGAUCGGAGCUAUCAAAUGUUGAACGUCCUAACGGCAGCUGACAGGAGAGGCAUGGGACCAAUACAUUUCGCGGUGUCUGGCAACCAUUAUGAGUGCGUCAAGUUUCUUCUUGAGAAAAAUGCUGAUAUUAGGCUGAGAACUACUUGUAGCCCUCAUAAAUCUUCCACUCCUCUCCAUAUUGCUGCUGCCAAGAACUACUCAGAAGUCGCUAAAGUUAUACUGGCUAUGGAUAAGACGACAAUACAUGAAGUUAACAGCAUGGGCUGGUUCCCUUUACAUACAGCUGCGCACCACAGCAGCCGCGAAGUUAUAGCUUUGUUGCUAAAAGAUGGCGCUAAUCUGGCCGGUUACACUGACGGCCCUAAGAAAUUCAGAAGAACAGCGAUUGAUAUGCUUCUGAACAAUCUAUCCAAGCCAACUGAAUACUUGGAAGAAGUUUUAGACACUUACAUAACUUCCAACACACAGAACUUGCAGGAUAAUGACAGUGUUGUUAGAGUUGAUUUCGCUGUUCUCAUUCCUAAUGUCUGCGAAAUGGAACAGAUGAAAGUGAUUGAAGCGCUGCUAAAGACUGGAAAUAGAUAUGGACAGAGAAGGUUACUCGUACAUCCAUUAGUUGAGAGUUUCCUCUUUUUGAAAUGGAAAGUUUUGCUUCCAUUUUUUUACACUAUUAUAGCGUUCUAUGCAUUUUUCGUCUUCUCUUUAUCUACGUUUGUGGUGUCUGUGUUCUGGUACAAGGACACGGACAAGGAAGCCCCUGAUUGGCUUAGCCCGCACAUCUGGGGGUACGUCGUAUACGCUGCAGUUUGUCUCGUAUUGAUUCAGGAGCUCCUAUAUAUGAAUGUGAAAAGCAGCCGCUACUUCCUCCAACUAGAAACUUGGGUGAAGUUUGGCUCCAUCGGCCUGGCAACCCUCCUUCCUGCAGCCAUCACCAUCUCCUCCUGGAUGGAAAGUGAUUGGCCACGGCAUGUGUCCACGGUGGCGUUGCUGCUGGCAUGGUUGGAGAUGAUGUUUCUGCUGUCUAGGUUUCCUAACUGGGGGUACUAUGUGCUCAUGUUUGGGAAAGUCGCGUCUAAUAUUGUGAAGAUUCUUCUUACCUUUGGAUUCCUAGUUAUCGGUUUCUCAUUAAGCUUCAUGAUCCAGUUCCGCUCCACGGAACCCUUCGACGGCCCCUGGUCAGCGCUGGUCAAGACCUUGGUCAUGAUGACAUCAGAAUUUGAAUAUGAGGCCCUCUUCGACGACGAACACGCCAAAACCCUCUCAACAUCAAUAUCCGUAGUUAGAUUCAUGUUUGUUUUAUUCUUAAUUCUAGCGGCAAUAGUUCUUAUGAAUUUGAUGGUUGGUGUUGCGGUCAAUGAUAUUAAUGACUUGGAAAUCUUAGGGAACAUAAGUAGACUUGCAAAACAAGUAGAGUUUCUAGGCACGUUAGAUGUAUUAGUCUACAAUAGGUUCUUUCAAACAGUAUUACCAAGAAGGAUGAAUAACCAUAUCAAGAAUAGAAGAAGGGUUUUAGGAACAAUUUGUCUGUGUCCAGGAAAACCAAGAUGGAGGCACGAUAAAGUAAUACCCUCAAAGCUAAGAGACGCCAUUUUAGACAAAGCUCAAGCUCAAAAGAAAAUGAUGGAAGUCGAGAUGGAUUUUAAACAAUUUAGACAGAAAAUGGACGAAAUGCAUGAAGUUCUUAUGAAGAAUGAAAAGAAGAAUAUUAUAGCCAUUGAAGAUAGGCCGGGAAAAGUGAGACAAAGAUUUGAGGAAAUAAAUAAGCAUUUGAAAAAUCUAGAUGACGAUGUCGUAAACGUUAAAGACCAACUAGUUGAACAUGAAAAUGCACAAACGUGUAUAAAUGAGCUUAAUGUUAAAAUGGACCAAAUGUCGCUAGACAUAGAGAAUAUAAAACAAUUUUUAUUAAGAUUAGAAAGUAAGUUAAGUAAAUAGAUCGUACAGUAUUAAUUUUGUAUGUUAUCAAAAAACAAGUUAACAAAUUAAACAAACUGAUAAUUAA